AAGCCAUCUGCACUGUCCGAAAUUCUCGUACAAAUACUUCCUUUAUGCCCAACUAAAACAUCGUUCAAUAGUAUUUUUCUUUCCCUCAAUUUGUGCAACGCUCAGCCUACAUAUUUUAUUUCAUUUUUACUUGUCUGCUAUACGUGAAUUUUUGGGCGCGUUUUUCGAAACUCCAUCUAUCCAUCUAUUACAUAUUCUAUUUUAUUAUCUCCAAAGCAUUAUUCUGCGCAUCGUUCAAUUCCCACAUAAAUAUUAGUCACAUACAAUUAACCACGCCACAUUCACAGAAUGGGCAACCACCUAUCGUUUACGACGCCGAAGGGCGAGUUAUUACGUCAAAUGUUUAUCGAGGCGGCCGGGUAUUCUUUGGAUCCGCGCGGCAAGGCGGACGCAAUCAUGACGGUCAUAAUCACAUCUGUUUAUACUCUGGGUCUUUUGGCGGUUGUGUAUAUGCUGUGGAACAGAAACUACCCGCCGCUAAAGUCAAAAAACCCAAUAAUCAUGGCGCUAACAAUGGUGGCAUCCAUACUGUGGUUUGUCGGGGAUCUCCAGUCCAACGGGCAUUUGCAGCUUGCCACGUCGUCCAUGACUAAUUGCAAGGGAUUUGGCGUGUGGAUGCGCAUUCUGCUUGGCGUCUGCCUCCUGGCUUCGCUGAUUGCACUGCGGGCGUACGGAUUGUACCGCGUGUUUUGUCGAAAUCUUCCUUACCACAGUUUUGGACUGUACCUACCUUUUGGACUGUACCUAUUGUGCUUGGUCAUAUAUGGCGCUGUUUCGCAAGCAUUGAGUCCUUCCAUUACGACCCAGUAUUUGCUUCUGUUGGACAUCUGCAAUUCCCAUCCGUCAUUCAAGGCGGCUCUAUUUUCGUUCAUGUGGGUGUCCCUUUUUGUUGUGAUAUUUAUCCACUGGAAGAUCCGCAACAUUAAAAGCUCGUUCAACGAGACCCGCGAGAUGACAGUCACAUGCGCCAUUGUAUUGCUUUUACUCGUAUUCGAGACUGUCAUGAACUAUGUUAGUCCGCAGUAUCCCUUGAACGUCCGUCUGCGCAUAGCGACCACAUCGUUGGACCACUUUGCGACAAAUGUAAUGUGGUGGCUAAUCAUGGGCGUACCCUUGUACAACUGCAUGUUUAAUCGGCAGCGCUACCUCAACAACUGGGUUUUUAAGCUACGCAUGGAUGGUCUACAGAACGAGUACGAUGUCGACUCGGACGCUGCUGUCGCCAAAAAGCAAGGCAUGCCGAACUCAUAUAAUAUGCGCGGUACAAUGAAGCUGGCAAGCACAACGGGAAACAAGGAAGUUGGGUUUUACUAUGCGAGAGACAAUGGAAACUACAAUGGAAAUGCAAGUGUUUCUAUCCAAAACGCGCAAAAUGCCUUUUCUCAGAACUUUGAAGACCCACUGUAUACAAAUGCUGGCAUUUACUACAGCUUGGAUUCUCAUUUACCGGGUGUGGCGGGGCAUCGCCAAGAUAAUAUUAUAAUGGAGAUAAUCCCAGAGUCACCACAAAACCAUUCAACAUCGCCAAAGUUACGACCGCUAUCGCAAAAUGUGGGAAAGUGGGAAGGUUCAGCUAACAGUUCUGAUCGCUACAUUGUACCACUGGGCGAGUCACAGUUGUACACACCGAUAUCAUUCCCCGAUGCUGUAAUGACCGCGCCUUUCAAGCCAGGCGCGGCUCAAAACGGGCAUUUGGACCACUACGAUUCCCACGACCGACAAUUGAUUUAGUGCUUAAUAAAUUAAAUAUUUGUAUAUUUGUAUAUCGAC